UGUAAAAAAAACCUGGACAAUGAAGAUGAUACUUGAGUAUCCAAACACUAGAAGAAAUGAUGAUGAUUCCUAGCGGAGAAGUGGCAUAAAGAUUUAGAAACUCGAAAUAUAUACCUUGGAAAAAAUGAACCCGAAUGAUAUACCAGACCCUGAAACACUUCAGGAACAUACAGAUAGCUACCAACCAAUUAAGAGUUUGAUGGCUGGACCAGUUACGGAUAAUAUAGAUACUAACAUUUUAGUGGCGGGAACAGUCGAAGACGAUUCAAAUGCAGUCGAAAAGAUGUGCAGCGAUUUUGAUUCAGAGAAGAAGACAAGUAUUUCAGAAAAUACAACAGAAUUAAAAAGCACGACAGAUUGUAUAAAUGAUCUCACAUCAAAUGGGCACAUUAAUGGUAAAGCGUUGAGUCGCAGCGGCGAUUUAGCAACAAUGGAAGUCCAGGCGAAACCAAUUCUUCCUACAACAGAAAAAGACCCUUCUGAUCUGGACCAGCAACCACGUGUUUACAAGCGUCGAUGGAUGAUAGUGUUAUUGUUCGCCUUCUACUCUCUCAGUAACGCAUAUCAAUGGAUACAUCUAAACAUUAUAGGCGACGUGAUAUUAAAAUAUUACAAUGCCAGCAUGCCAGAGGAUCAAUUUCAAAAGGAAACCACCCUAGACUGGUUAUCUAUGGUUUAUAUGCUAGCAUAUAUACCGUUAAUAUUUCCCGCCACGUGGCUACUUGACAAAAAAGGACUUCGUGUUGUUGCGAUUUGUGGUUGUUUUCUUAAUGCACUUGGAGCAUGGCUCAAGGUAGCAUGUGUGAGUCCAGACAGAUUCCCAGUACUUAUGUUUGCUCAAACAAUAUGUGCCAUUGCUCAAAUUUUUAUACUUGGACUUCCAGCUAGGUUAGCGGCUGUGUGGUUUGGACCGAAUGAGGUCUCAACAGCGACAUCUAUUGGGGUGUUUGGAAAUCAGGUCGGAUGUGCCGUUGGGUUUCUGUUGCCCCCAGUAUUAGUACCUUAUAGUGAAGACUUGCACCAGAUAGGAAAAGAUAUGGGUACCAUGUUUUAUAUGGGAGCUGGUGUAACUACGUUCUUCUUCAUAAUGGUUAUAUUAAUUUUCAAAAAUGCUCCACCUAUGCCACCAAGCAAGGCACAGAUGUUAUCAGUUCAAAAUGCAUCGAAUGAACAUUAUGGACAAUCGUUGCUGCGAUUGGUCAAAAAUAGAGGUUUUAUACUGCUAACAUUGACUUAUGGUAUCAACACCGGAUCUUAUUAUGCAAUAUCAACUCUGCUCAAUCCAAUUGUAUUGUAUUAUUUUGAGGGUCACCAGAAAGACGCUGGUCAGAUAGGUCUAACUAUCGUUUUGGCUGGCGUCGUUGGUUCCAUAGUGGCUGGUGUGUGGCUUGACAGGACCAAAACGUUCAAGGGAACUACUGUUGGAAUCUACUUCUUGUCUAUGGCUGGAAUGAUAGCAUUUACAUUCACAUUAAAAUUAGAUAUUCUAUGGGUAGUUUAUCUAUGUGCCGGAGCUCUAGGUUUCUUCAUGACUGGAUAUCUACCUGUUGGAUUUGAAUUUGCUGCUGAAAUAACGUAUCCAGAAUCUGAAGGUACAUCAUCCGGACUACUGAAUGCCUCUGCACAGACUUUUGGCAUUAUAUUAACCAUUGGUAUGCGGGCUAUGUUGAACAACAUCAGUAUUCUCUCUGCCAAUAUAACUAUAUGUGUAGCCCUACUGAUAGGUACAGUUAUAACAGCCUUUAUUGGUGCAAAUUAUAAAAGACAAGAGGCAGGGAGAGAGAUGAUGGCAAAAAUAGAUCAGCUAGAGUACAUUGUAGAUGAAAAAUCCCAGAUGGCGGACCAAUCUAUUUAGGCGACGUCUACUAAUGUGUUACAAUAAUGUGAACAAUGAAAGAUGCUGAAUAUGUCGCUUUAGAUGAUAUGAUUUCAAAAUUUAUACAAGUUUGAUAUCAGACCAACUGUGGUUACUUAAAAUCAUAUUGAUUGAUACAAAUUGAAUUAAAGCAUGCAAUGCAUA